AUGCCAGUCGUAGACGAUUCCAAUGCACCACCCUCCAUGACAACCCACGCCAGACUCGCAGCCGAGCAAUCGACUGCCGACGAAGAGCAGAGACAAAUCUUCUCCAAUGAUAUCGCAUCCCUCGCCUCCAAGGCUGCGCAAGAACGCUCCCAACACGGCCACGUCCUCCCCACCACCCGCUCCAAGAUCCUUUCUCUCUCCAUCGCAACCACUGCGACAGCUUACCGUCUCUUCCCCGAAGGCUCCACAGACCUCGCCGAAGGUCUUGCCAUGGGUCGAGGCCUUGCCUCCAAGACGGGCCUCGAGUUCGAUGCGAAGAACUAUGAGCGUCAGCUGAAAGAAAUCAAGAGGAUUUCAUGGUCGAGCUACUCACAAGAGCAGUUUGAGGCGAAGGUCGAGGGAUAUAUCGAGCAAGAGGUGGCGAAGGCGCAGGAGGUUGAGGAUAGGAAGAGGAAGAGGCGGGAAAGUAGGCAGAGUAGUGGUGGGUUAGAAAGUAUCAAGGAAGUAGAGGAGAUGGCUGAGGCGGUGGGAUUGACGUUUGAAAGUGGUUGA